AUGUGGGGAUACUUCUUCGGCGGCAACGCGAAGCAGAAGAAAGAACUUCCCAAGAAGGCGAUUGUGGAACUUAGAGAGCAUAUUUCGACGCUAAACAAGAAGUCUGCGUUUCUAGAGACGCAGCUUCAGGAGCAGGAUGCUAUUGCGCGCAAGAACGUCACGUCGAACAAGAACCUGGCGAAAAUCGCCCUGAAAAAGAAAAAGAAGCUCGAGGCAGACAUACUCAAGAUUGAGAACCAGGUGGAGUCGUUGGAGACGCAGCUCAACGCGAUAGAGUCUGCAAACCUGAACCUGGAGACGAUGAAGGCGAUGAAACAGGGCGCCAAGGCGAUGAAACAGAUGCACGGCGACUUCAAUGUCGACAAGGUCGACCAGACAAUGGACGAUAUCAGAGAGCAGGUCGAGCUCAGCGAGGAGAUCUCCGAUGCCAUCAGCCGACCACUGGGCAACGAUCUUGUGGACGAGGACGAGCUCGACGAAGAGCUCGCUGCUCUGCAGCAGGAAGAGCUCGAUAAUAGGAUGACAGACACCAAGCAGGCCGUCAAACCUCCGGCCCAGCCAGUCAAGUCGCAAUUGCCGGACGCUCCGACCGGAAAGGUGCAGGACGAGGCAGAGGACGAAGAUGAGAAGGCGCUGAGAGAGCUCCAGGCCGAGAUGGGGAUGUGA